ACGUCACGGGGCCCGGUUGGAUGGUAGUAAAAUGUAUUAGGAACGGAGCGGAGUUGGGAGGAGGAACGGCUGCACUGUAGGGGGACAGGCGAGCACGCAGCAAGAUGGAAAGCAGAGAGAUUGUGAUUCCGGAGUCCUUCCCUGACAAACUCAGCAGUUUGGAAUUGGUGACCUGGAUCAACAAGCUGCUGAAGACCAGCUUCAAAGAUGUGCAGGAGACGAGCUCAGGUGCAUGCUACUGUCAGAUAAUGGACUGCAUUCUUCCUGGAUCAGUUGACCAGAACCAGGUGAAGCUGGAUGCGGAGAGUGAAGAGGACUGUAAGCACAACUUUAAUCUCCUGCAGGAGGCCUUCACCAAGAGUGGUAUUACAAGGAUCCUUCCAGUUGAAGACCUUAUAAAAAGAAAUGUCAAAAGCAGCUCUGAGGUCCUCAAUUGGUUUAAAGCUGUCUACGCUGCAAAUGUGAAAAGUGAAGAAUGUGACGAUGUGAAAGCUCAGGACAGCUCUGCUCUGGCAUCCCCGACGACACGUAAGUGGGAUUCGAAAGCAGAGGAAAAUGGCAAAGCAAUGACUCCUAAAAAAUUCCCCUACACUGAAGAGUGGAAGGAAACUUUUGCAUGGGCUGAGCGUAGCCCUAUUGGAGAGCAUUAUACUUACUGCUCCUGCUGUAAAAACAACCUAAGCACAUUUUUCAAAGGCCCCAUGGAACUUAAACGACACAUGGGAACAAACAAACACAAGAAAAGGGCAUUUAUUUACAGUAAUCUAGCUAUCCAAAGUGAAAUCUCUGAGCCAUUGCCUUGCAGUGAUGCCGCCGUUCAGUUUAUUUGCUACCACUCUCACGCCGAGUCUACGAAUGACGAGCAGGAGUCCAGACGUUUUGCGCGCUACAAACUGGGGUUGCAGUACCCAAAAGAUGUCGUAUCUGCUUGUGGGAAUUCUCCGUAUUGUGUUUACAUUUAUGGAGGGGUGAGCGUGGGACAGGACGACACUGCCUCUGUGAUCCUGGUGGGAUUCUUUGACGUUGAAGCCUCCAGUCACUGCGUCCGAUUCGUCGAUGCGGUUCCUUCAGUGGACGGCGCAGCAGAUCAGACGGCAGCUGCAGUGGUGGAGAUCUUGAAGAAAUUUGAGUUAUCCACAGAUAACCUGGUUGCCGUUUAUCUCAGCGGUAACGAUGCAGCUUCAGAGGAGAUCUGUUCACAGCUCAGGGAGCUCAACGCAAACAUAUUGGCCCUCGGAGGUCUGUACACCAUUGCUGAUGCUGCUUUUCAUGCUGGUGUGGAGGAGUUCUCCAAACUGGCUCAGGAGCUGAUGGAGAACCUUCACGCGUAUCACUCCUCCAGCUCUUUCAAGAGUGACAACCUCAAGGCCCUGUUUGACUCGGAUAUCAGUCAGGACAGCAUGCCAUUUAAUCCCAACGCCAGCUGCCUUACGUUUUACCCGUUAGUCACAAAACUCUUGGAGAUGUGGACAGAUCUCACAGCGCACUUCGAUUCUUGCCAAAAAGAUGAUGACAAGGCAAAGUUGAUCUGUUCCCAGCUGAAGGAUCCCAAAGUCAAGGCCACGCUGAUGUUCCUGGAGCAGGCCUUAAAGCCUCUGCACAGCUUUCAGAAGCAAACGCAGGGAACAUCCCGGGCUGACAUGGUGCUCCUGCUAGAAGAAGCCAGUAGCCUGCUGUCCACCUACACUUCCUAUUUCCUCCAUUCCCAAGCCGCCAGUCGUUUCCUCAAGGAACGUGAGGCUCAGAUCCUUAAAAAUAAAAAAUUCCACCUUUCAAGCGGCGAAUUCAAUCUGGGUGGGAAAGCUGUGGAGGACCUCCUGGUGAAGUCCAAGGCUGCAGAGGCGCUGCCGCAGCUCAGGAAGGAAGCGUUGUCCUUCUACAUCGCGGUCACUGGUUGCAUCGCGCAAGAGCUGCCCCUGAGUGACUGGAUGCUGAGGAGCAUCGCUCAGCUGCUCAACCCUCAGAGCCGGCUGAAAGUGACGGGGAAAGCCGUGGAGGAGCUCAGCGCCAAGCUGGGUGUCUGCCGCUCCUCCUCCGAGGUCGAGCAGCUCAAGGGUGAAUUCCUUGAUUAUCAGCUGGCGGAGGAGGGAGAGAAUGAAGAGGGAAGGGAGCAUAUCUCAACAGAGGUCUCACUGGAGGAGCACUGGGCCGCUGUGUUGAAGGAAACCAAGCCGACGUCGAUGUUCAGAAGGCUUGUUCUGACCCUCCUGUCUUUUCCAUGUCCUCCGCUUGAGGCGCCGCGGUUUUUCACUCAGGUUUUCAAGGAUUUAAAGACGCCACUGGUCAGUGAAAGUGACGCCGUAUCGUCAAGUGACUCUGACGUUCUGUCUGACAGCAGCACCAAGGACAAGCAAGCACUGAAUGGCUUGUCAAUGAAGCAAUGCAAAGUCCGUCUGAGAAAGCUAGACCAGUCACCUUCUGAACUUGAUGGUUUGCUUGCACAUAAAGAUGUUUCACUGAAUGAGGAGCCCAGUAGGGGAAGUUUUGGCUGGGAAGUCAGUUUGCGCCAGAAGCCGAAAGCCCGUACGGUGUUUCAGGCUGGUGCUAACACCUGGGGCAACCGUUUAGAUGUUAAGGACAGCAAAAAUGGUCUGCAGUCCCAAGAUGAGGUGGCAGAGGAAUCUCCGCCAUCCAACAAAAACACACCAACCAGAAGACGACGCAAACAUGCCUACCUGGAUGGAAAGGGGUUUCCGUCGGGGGAGCUGGUGUGGGGAAAGCUGAAAGGCUUUUCUUGGUGGCCUGGGCUGGUUGUGCCUUGGAAAACUAAGACAGCUCCUCCGGGGAUGAGGAGGGUGGAGUGGUUUGGAGACGGGAUGUUCUCAGAGGUUUAUAUUGAGACCCUGUUGCUUUACAGUGCCUUCACAAAGUGCUUCUGCAAAAAUUCCUUUGCCAGCCUGCCUCUGUACAAGUCAGCCCUCUUUGAAAGCUUGGAGCUUGCGGGCGAACGAUGCGGGAAGUCGUUCUCCAGUGUGGAGGGCGAUAAAGACAAAGAGCUGAAGCUGAUGAUGGACUGGGCGUUUGGAGGAUUUCUGCCCUCGGGGCCUGAAGGAUUUGCUCCCCCUGAUUCUGCAGCGAACGUUGACUCAGCUGAAUCCAGUUGUUCGGACUACCAGCCACCUCCCAAGAAAAAAUACGCUCUGAAAAACCGAGCGCCCGUGGGCAUCAUCUACAACAAAGAAGCAAUAUUAGAAAAGAUCAAAGAGAAGGGUAGAACGAUUGAAGAUUUUUGUUUGUCUUGUGGAUCAACUGAGGUUGAUGUGGCUCACCCGUUGUUUGAAGGUGGUCUGUGCGUUAAAUGCAAGGAGAACUUUACGGAGACGCUGUAUCGCUACGACGACGACGGAUACCAGUCGUACUGCACCGUGUGCUGCGCCGGCCUGGAGGUCAUUCUGUGCGACAACGUCAGCUGCAGCAGAUGUUUCUGUAAGGACUGCCUGAACGUCCUGCUGAGCCCGGGGACCUUCGACAUGCUGAAGGACGUCGACCCCUGGAGCUGCUUCAUGUGCAAACCGUCCCAGUGUGCAGGAAACCUCCGACUCAGGGAGGACUGGGGGGUCAAAGUUCAGGACUUCUUCGCUAAUAACAGCGCCAUGGAGUUCGAGCCUCACAGAGUUUAUCCCUCCAUACCUGCUGAUCGGCGCAGACCGCUCAAGGUGCUCUCACUCUUCGAUGGCAUCGCCACCGGAUACCUGGUGCUCAAAGACCUGGGCUUCAAGAUUGAGCGCUACCUCGCUUCGGAGAUCUGCGACGAUUCGAUCGCCGUGGGAAUGGUCAAGCACGCGGGACAUAUCGAAUAUGUCAACGACGUUCGCACAAUCACAAGAAAACACCUGGCUGAAUGGGGCCCGUUUGAUCUUCUGAUCGGUGGCAGUCCGUGCAACGACCUGUCCAUGGUCAACCCUCUGCGAAAGGGAUUGUUUGAGGGCACUGGGAGGCUUUUCUUUGAGUUCUACCGCAUUCUGACCCUGCUGAAGCCGAAGGAGGAUGAAGACCGCCCGUUUUUCUGGCUGUUUGAGAACGUCGUCUUCAUGAGCGCCAACGACAAAUCGGACAUCUGCCGCUUCCUGGAGUGCAAUCCGAUCCUUAUCGAUGCCAUCAAAGUCAGUCCGGCUCACAGAGCGCGUUACUUCUGGGGAAACCUUCCCGGCAUGAACAGGCCUCUUGCUACGUCUCUGGACGACAAAGUGCUCCUGCAGGAUUGUUUGGAAUCUGGACGCACAGCGAAGUUCGAUAAAGUCCGCACCAUCACGACAAAGAGUAACUCCAUCAGACAGGGGAAGAUGGGGCCGCUGCCCGUCAGCAUGAACGGCAAGGAGGACUACCUGUGGUGCACCGAGAUGGAGCAGGUCUUCGGUUUUCCGAAACACUACACAGACGUGAACAACAUGGGCCGCAUGCAGCGGCAGAAGGUCCUGGGUCGCUCCUGGAGCGUCCCCGUCAUCCGCCACCUCUUCGCCCCUCUGAAGGACUAUUUCGAAUGUGAAUAGGAAACAUUCCUCGAAACUUACAGAGCAGCAGCAGUAAACCUAAAGCCUUAUCCUGCCCGGUAUUACUAAAUAGUUCAAACCUUUCCAGAUCUGUGGAAGAGCUAAUUUAGUUUCCUGUUACAUUAACUUUGCUUUUUAAACGUCUUUGCUAUUGAUCCUUUUUAUCCUGUGAAUCGUUGCGUCAUCGUGAUCCUCCUGCCGCCAGCAGACACGGACACUGUUAGUUUUAUUUUCCCAGGUUGUCUUCGAGGAAUCGUGGUGCUAUCAUGAGACAAUACCGAUACUCAGAACACAGGCCUGUGUCACGAAGGGAGGACUGACGCUCGGUGAGCCCAGUUUUAUAUCAACUCAGGUUCUGGUGCUAUUUUAAACUGACAGAUCGAUGAGGAUCGGACCAAAGCUUGCAGGCAUGUUUUUAUACGUCAUUCGAGGCAUUUCGAUUGCUGAAAAUACCAGGAAGUUACAUUUUUGCACAGCUGUUAUCAUUCUGAGUGUUAGAUCCGGUUUUAAUCAGUGAAACCUGAAUGCAACAUCCGACGAACCUCGGUGUAGCUGCAGUCAGCCAUCUUUACUCUGCACAAUGUGAGGAAUACACUGUACGUCUGGUACCUCUUAGUUAAUCUUGUUAGUUUUAUUGUACGAUGUUGAAUGAGGAAGACUCGCGACUUGCUGGUAAACUAACUGAGCUUCAGUGAAGAUAAUCAGGUAUCUCCAGACAACUUGUGUGUGAAACAUGUUUACACCUUUACUUUUCCUCUCAGGAGCAUGAAAUCACUUGUGUAGGUUUUAUUCUUUUUACAUGUGUUGCUUCAGAUUUGGUUUACCACUUUUUAAUCGCAGUUUGCUCGAUGCAGGAUAAACACGGUGCUGUUGUUGUUUUUGUUGUUUCUCACCAAAUAGUCGCCGAGCUUCGUGAUCCAGGCCUCAGCUCUCUACCUCAGUAACCGACUCGGUUUAAAUCUCCACAGUUAACUUUUUGUUAAUUUAUGAUGACACACCUUCACCUUGCUUCUUUUCUACUUGAUCGUUCUAUUUUAUAACUUUUUACCGUAUAAUCCUUACGUAAGAUUCGGAUCUAAUCAUGUUCUUCCAGAUUAGAUCAGGUGCUGUGAUGAAUUUCAUUGUUUUCCUUGU